GUGAUCGCACGCGCGGCAUAGCUGUCCCCGUCUUGUUUUCAGUCAGUGUCGCGCGCGCGCCGCGCCAACUGUGCGCGAGUGUACAUUAUGCCUCUAUACUCCGAUCACAUAAUAUCGAACAUGUAUUACAGUGGUUCCCCCUACACCAGUCCCUACAGUUCCCCCUACUCGAGCUCCAUAUCGCCAUACGGAUCGUUCAGUGCCUCGUAUUUGAAUCCCGGCGGAAAUUAUAGCUCCCAUUCGUCGAUAACCGGAUACACCCGAACGCCGCUUACGUCGAGAUGGAUCACGAGCGGCGGCAGGUCCUACUCGCCGAUGCUGAGUACGAUCUCCGAGAAGGGGUCCUCGAGCCCGGUCCGAAUCAACAGUCCGCGACGGACCCCGAUAUCCAGCAGAAGUUACAUGCCGAGCACCUACACGCCGAGACCCAUCAAUAUCAACACGGCCGACAUUGACGUGUCGAAGGACAGAUAUCAAUCUAAAUUAAGAGAUUUGAGUUCUCACUCGUCGUCGUCGUCGUCGAUAAGUGAUGAGCGAAAUUCCAGUAGCGAGCAAAAUAAAAAAGAAUCUAGUCCGGCGACUCCGGAUGUCGAGAAGAAACCCAAUGUUGGAAUCGACUCUUCCCCUGGCCGGAUGCGGUCUACUAUCAAACGCGAUCGCACGGUCGUUAGACUGCAUACUAUUAAACGUAAGGACCGUGAUUCUCCUCGCAAACCCCCAGAAAUUUCGGAGUCACAAAACAAAAGAAAUGAUCUUGAAAAUGAGAAGCCAUUAGAAGCUAUGAAAUGGCGGGAAAAACUCGCAAGUGAUCUCACAUAUAAUGUCAAGAAAGAUAAGAAAACAUUAGGCGCUAAGCUUGUAGAGAAAUUUAAAAUCAAGGAUGACGCUAGUGAAAUAAAUGCAAAUAAAAUAGAGAAAGCUUUAUUAGAUACGAAUAUUGAAAAUCAAAAUACAUUAAACGUUAAUAGCAGUAAGUUUUCAAGGCGUUGCUCAAUGGAAUUAUUAGCUGAACAAGCGUCUUUGUUAGAUUCAUUAAUACAAAAUGAAAAUCUUAUCACCGUUCCUUUAGAUAUUAGUAAAAUAGGAGUAGAUACUUCUCAAAAGAAUGAGAAUUUAGAGUUUUCAAAGAAACGUAAGUUAUCCGAAAAACGGAAUGAACUUAGUACAACGAAAUCAGACCAUUCUUUACAUACUCGUGUUUUAAACGAUAAUGACAAAGGAUUGAGUGAUGCGAUAUCAAUAAAUAAAAGAAGGAGUUUGAAGAAGUCAUUAUCUGGAGGCAGUAUUUGUAGAUUAGACUGUAUUUCUGAACUGCCCAAAAUUGAAAUGUCAGUAAAAAUACAUAAAAUCGAGGAAAAUAAAACAAAAUUAAAACCAAAAAUAACAUCUUCUGUAGAAGUUACCGAUCCACCUAGCCCUAUUAAGUUCUAUGUUGAAAAUGUAACUGUUGAAGAAAUACCGAAACAGCAAAAGAAAGAUAUAAUAUUUUCAAGCUCUAUUGACAGUGAAGAUACUCAUAGUAAAAUUACACCGCAACAUCGAAAGAGUAUUAAAUCUAAGAUUAGACCAAAACCACAUAAUUCUCUUCAAAGUGAUAAUACUGUUAGCGCAGAAGAAGAUGACUGUGAUAAUUUUUGGGACAAAAUUGGUAAAAGAGAAACUGUUUAUUUAAUGCAAAGAAAAGACAAUUUAACAAAAGAGAAAAAUAAGCGCUUUCUAUACUGGUGUCCUGAAGACGAGGAAGAAAUUACUAUUAUUGAUGAUAAGAUCCUCCCACCUUUAGAUUUAAUAGUCGAACAUAAUGUUGAAAAUGACGAUAAAAAAGAAGAGGACUUAGAUUUAGUAGUCAAAGAUAUUGUUGAGAAAAAAGAUGAAAAAGAAGAAGACAUGUCUCACAUUUUAACGAAUAAUCAAGAUUUUCACGAAGAAAAUGAGAAUAAUUUACAUGUUUUACAAACAGUGCCUCAUAGUGUGAACGAAACAAAAAUAGCUGUUGACCCGCAACAAAAUAUAAAAGAAAACAACUUAAGUACAGAACCUUUUCUUGAUGUUGAAGAAGACAAAAUAUAUGUAGACUCAACAAAAACCAUAGAUAAAAUUAAAGAGCCAGUAUCAGAAAGAGAGCCUGAACAUCUAUUAUCUGAAAAUGAGUCAAAUAAUGAAAAUAAAUCCAUUGUUUCCUAUGUAGAAAGUGAAAGUAAAAAUAUAUCGCAGAAUCAAGAUGGUGUAAUAAUACCUAUUGAAAAAAUGUUUACUGUACAAGUAACGCCUGUCAACGAUGUAUCAAAAGACUUAAUUGAUGAAAAGAGUGUGGAAGUUAAGGAAAAUAAAAUUAAAUCUAUGAAAAAGAAAACUAAAAGCAAAAACAAAAUUAAUAAGGAUUCUAGUAAUACAGAUUCCACAUCUGUUAAAAGAAAAACUAAAAAAAUAUUAAAAUCGAUUGCUAAAAAUGUUAAAGAGAACCAACAGUCUGAAGAGAAAGAAAUAUGUGAAAAAUGUAAAAAAGAAUUAGAUAAUGAUAAAAAUUCAGAUUCAAAUAAAAAUAUAGAUACUACAAAUUUAGACAGGGUGAAGGAUGAGCAAAAUCAAAAUACAGUCGAAAACAAGGAAAUUUCGCAAGAUACAUGCAUUAAGCCAUCAGACGAAGAAAAUUCUGGUAUACAAAUUGAGGAACCCACUAAAAGUUUAUGUAGUGAAAAUCAAAAACUUGGGGUUGAUUUGACACAAGUUAGUGAUGAAAUUGCAGCAUCAACUGUUAUUAACGAUUUAUGUAGUACGAGCGGAGCAACUUGUUUUGUUAACAAUAACCUUAAAGAAAUUAAGAGCUCUACCUCUAAUGAAGCAGUUCAUGGAAAAGGAGAAGAUAAGUUAGUUAAUAGAAGUUCACCUAAUGUGCCGACAAAUACGCCGGUCGCCACCAAAAAACCAGUCAAAAUAGAAAAGGCGCCUAUAAUGCUUAUUGCAAAGCCAAAACCGCUCCAAAAGAAAGUUCCGCAAAUCAUACAUUCCUCCUCAUCAUCAGAAAGCUCCGAUGAUGAGUCUGAAGAUGAAAGUGAGUCGAGUUCUGAUUCUGAAGAAUUCUUUGAAUGUGAAACCAACGUCGACGGAAGAACCUCGACUGGGUCUAGUGACUCCGGGUUUGAUUCGUCAGUUCCUACAUCGCCUGCUGGAUUUUUCCACGUGAAAAAAGACUGUGAUGUGAACUGCCAUCGAAAAUGUGAAAAGUUGACGGCUAAUUUGUGUGGGGUAAACCAGCGCCUACUGGUGGAGGCUUUAGCUUCCCGGACUACUUCCAAGCGAGGUGGCGACAGUCCCAGCACAUCAGGCAGUGCGCCUGCGCAAAACUAUACCCCAGAACUCCUAGAGAAAGAAUUAGAGAACUCGAUGGCAUACGAUCUGUUCCGGAAGACGGGUCGGUUCACGCCGCCCGCGCGCUCCAUCCCCCGCUUCAGGAAAUACACUAUUGAGGACUUCCAAUUCAUCAAGGUGCUGGGGAAAGGCAGCUUCGGAAAGGUGAUGUUAGCGGAACUGCGGGAGACAGAGUACUAUUAUGCGGUGAAGUGUUUGAAGAAGGAUGUCGUGUUGGAAGACGAUGAUGUUGAGUGUACCCUCAUAGAGAGGAAGGUGCUCGCUCUCGGCACCAACCACCCCUACCUCUGCCAUUUGUUCGUCACCUUCCAAACUGAUUCGCACCUGUUCUUCGUGAUGGAGUACCUGAACGGCGGCGACCUGAUGUUCCACAUCCAGCAGAGCGGCCGCUUCCCGGAGCCGCGCGCGCGCUUCUACGCCGCCGAGAUCGUCUCCGGACUCAAGUUCUUGCACAAGCGUGGAAUUGUUUAUAGGGACCUGAAGUUAGACAAUAUACUGCUGGAUUUCGACGGUCACGUGAGGAUAGCGGACUUCGGCAUGUGCAAGCUGCAGAUCUACCUCGACAAGACGGCAGACACCUUCUGCGGGACGCCCGACUACAUGGCUCCUGAGAUAAUCAAGGGUCUCAAGUACAGCCAGACUGUGGACUGGUGGUCGUUCGGCGUGCUGCUGUACGAGAUGCUGGUGGGGCAGAGCCCCUUCAGCGGCUGCGACGAGGACGAGCUGUUCUGGUCCAUCUGCAACGAGAUGCCCUCCUACCCGCGCUUCCUCUCGCAGGAGUCACACUCCAUACUUACUAGGUUGCUGGACAAGGACGCGCGCACGCGGCUGGGCGGCGUGGAGUGCAUGCACGGGGACAUUCGCGACCAGGACUUCUUCCGACCCAUACCCUGGGACAAGCUCGAGAGACGGGAACUCGACGCGCCUUUCAAGCCGAGAGUGCGCCAUCCCCUGGACACGCAGUAUUUCGAUCGCGCGUUCACGGGCGAGCGGCCGCGGCUGACCGCCAUCGAGCCGCAGGUCCUCCGCUCCAUGGACCAGGAGGCCUUCCGAGGGUUCUCGUACACCAACCCCAACGCCACCGAUCGGUAGAAUGCCGUUGGAAGACGGAUCCAACCGUCGGAAGAGGGAAGAGCUAUGGACUGUAAGAAACGUGUGUAGAGAUCGAGAUAGAUUCUCGAGUACCGUUGGAAGAUGGAAGAGUGCUAUUUGGACUAGGGAUGUUAUGUUGCUUCGAACUGGUGUCACCCGAAAAUUGAUUAUUUACUUGACAUGUGUUGCCUAUAUUUAGUUCCUUUAAAUUCAGUUUUAAAAAGAAAUAGGCAAGUUUUCUGGCGACGCAAAUUCGGAACGUAGCACCUCCAUCGUGGGUAUCGCAGACACAAUAGAUUUUCAAUUGUUAUGCGGCAGCCGGCUGCCGCUUGGGGAUUGUUGGGUUAAAAUUGUUUACUACAUAAGUGCUGCCACCUAAGUUCCGACCUAGUCCCUAUUAUCAUAAUGAUAUUUUAGCAUGAUGCUAUUUGAUGAGAGGAAGGUAUUUUAACAGCUCAACGUCGUAAAUUAGUAAGUUUCAGAGGAGUAGGUACUCAAUAACUAUUAACUACACAUAGUUAAACCAUUUUUCGAUAGAAAUCGGCAGACGAUGUAAAAAAGUUAGAACUGCCCAAAAUGAUUAGAAACAUGGUCAUCGGUCGCACUGUAUAAACUAUACUAAAAUAUGAUGAAUGAUGAAUAUUAAUUGUUGAUAUGUUUUUUCACAGAGCAAAUUAAAUAUUUUUGUCCAGUG